AUGAGGUUUGGCCCCGAAAUUUGGAGUCAUUCCCUAGCUGUGACGGCAGCAAUAAUGCUGACUUCGGGCAUCUGGCUCACGGUCAGUUAUCUUCCAAUCAUCUUCUCAAUAAUCUCAAAUUUUGAAAAAUCGUCUUUUGAGGCUUAUUUUGCUGGUGUCAAGAACAACAAGCCGCAGUACAACACGUACAACUACAUGACGAACGUUUCUGCUUGCGAUUCCUCGGCGCCAAAAUGCCAAGUUCCAGCCAUUCCCCAAUGCGACAACACUUGCGAGUUCGUUCCCUCUUUUCAGUUAUAAAGGAAUCCAAAUUCAUUCUCAGGUUCGUGAUAUGCGAAUCUGUGCCAGCGGGGCUGCAGUUUGAUCCAAAAUACAAAAAGUUCAACAGCACGACAAACUGUUGGAUGAGACUCAUGGGUCCGUUCCGAUAGAAAAAAUCAGACAGAUUCCCUUCUAGAAGAAGCCAAGAAGGACAUUCUCAUCGGAAGCUACUACUGGAGCCUUCUCGUCCAAGACACCGGCGAUGGCUACACCGUCGAUCCGACUGGAACUUCAGCUGAUGUUCGGAUGCGAAAUAGACAAAAAUAAAGGAGAUUUUAAGGGAAAGUUGAUCUAUGACACGAUCCAGUCGACAGCGGCGCGAGGGAUCGAUAUUCGAGUUGCUCAGGCCUAUGAAAAAGGAGGUUUCGCCGCCAGAAUCGUGUUCUCUAGAGCAAAAAAGUUGACAGGUUAUCCUGAAACAGCUGACCUGGCGAAAAAUUCAAACGGAAAGAUUCAAGUCCGUUCACUGGACUUUACUCAAUGGUUAGAAAUCGUAAAAUUCAACUGAAAAAAGUAAAUGAAGGUAUCCUGGCGGCAUUUUGCACGCCAAAUCGUGGGUUGUCGAUGGGAAACACAUUUAUAUCGGAUCGGCCAAUUUCGACUGGCGAUCUUUAACCCAGGUUCACUCUUGAAGUUUUUCAGAGAAAAAAAUUCUCAGGUAAAAGAGCUUGGCGUGGCUGUUUUCAACUGUCCAUGUGUCGGGGAAGAUCUUCAAAAGUUGCUUGAAAUCUAUUGGACGAUGGGAGCCCCAGGAGCGAAGCUUCCGCAGCAGUGAGUCUUCAAUUUAUUUAAAGAUAACGGAAAAAUGAAUGAGAAGACAGAAAGAGGAAUAAAAAUGCAAGGAACUCAGAUGGCCGGACGAGUUUUCUACGGGAGCCAACUCGAAGACUCCAGGAAGUGUCCCGCAGCCAUCUGGCAACCAAGCCGUUUACAUCUCUGUGAGAAGGAAAACCAUUUUUCUCGAUUGAUUAAUCUCUUUCUAGGCUUCUCCUCCCGGAUUCCAAUCUUGCGGUAGAGAAGAUGACCUGGCAGCCAUGAUAAAAGCAAUAGAUGGCGCCAAUGUAGAGCAUCGAAAUCAGUGAACACGAAAUAUUCGAUCAUUUCUAGGAAUACAUCAACAUGGCCGUGAUGGACUAUUCUCCGUCAACUUUAUACCUAAAGGGGAACAAGUUAGUUUAAAAAACAUGUAUGAUCUUUUUGACAGUUUUUCAAAAAAACAUGAUAUUUAAAAACAAAUCAGAAAAUAAUUAAUUUCCGAUGGGAACCGACUCUGGACACGGCCAUCAGAAGAGCAGCGUUCGAAAGAGGAAUCAGAGUGAGUUUCGUUUUUUGAAGGUCUUAAAACUCGAACUUUCCAGAUCCGUUUUCUUCUAUCUCGAUGGCCGCACACCUUCAAGGAGUUCUACGCCUACAUGUACUCUCUCCAGGACAUCAGCAACACUUUACCGUGCAUUUCAUAUGCAAACUCAAGUAGGAGAACGAUUUCUGAGUUAAAAGUUUCUCUGGUGAAAUAGGCUGCCAAAAGAAAGGCUCGAUAGAAGUGAGGCUGAUCCAAGUGCCGGCGAUGCAGUACGGGGCGAUUCCCUACGCGAGAGUCUACCACAACAAAUACUUCACUACAGAAACCACGUCCUACGUCGGUUCGUAGAUCAUCAGAGUUUAUCUUUUUUUUGUUGGUAUAACUGAGAUUUUUCACCCCGGAGCACGCUUUUUGAGAAAAAAUAUUGAAACAACUUCUGAUAUGUCAUGCAUAUCUUAAGCCAAAAUUUUUUUCAGAGCUUCUGUGAAUCAAAAUUUCAGUUUGAAAAUUAAAAAAAAAAUGCAAACCCAGGUACCUCGAACUGGUCGCCGGACUACUGGGACUUCACUGCAGGAAUCGGACUGGUGCUGCGGGCCGAAGACGUCUCAUUGACGUCACCGAUCGUCGCCGACCUCAACUCGAUCUUCGAACGCGACUGGAACUCCAACUACACGAUUCCCCUCAGCUUCUUCGACAAUUCAGGCAACAAUGUCACUCAUUUGGAUCUGUAA